AUGUCUGGAGAGAUCAGUGCAUUUUUUGCUUCCAUAGCUUCAAAAGCUCUAACAUUUUCUCAGCUACACCAAAUCCAUGCUCAGCUAAUCAUCUUCAACUCUCUCCAUCGACAAAGCUACUGGGCUUCGCGUCUCAUCACCUCCUGCACGCGCCUCCGUGCGCCUCCUCACUACGCGCGUCUCGUUUUCCGUUCGGUGGCAUUCCCCAAUGUAUUCGUCGUCAAUUCCAUGUUCAGAUACUUUUCGCAGAUGGAUAUGGCGAAUGAUGCUCUUCUUCUCUACGAACAGAGGUCGCGUUGCGGGAUUUUGCCCGACGCUUUUUCUUUUCCCGUUGUGAUCAAAUCGGCUGGAAAGUUCGGGGUUUUGUUUCACGCUCUUGUUGAGAAGCUGGGAUUUUUUAGAGACCCGUAUGUGCGGAAUGUGAUGAUGGAUAUGUAUGUGAAGCAUGAGUCAGUGGAGAGUGCACGCAAAGUGUUCGAUCAAAUUACUCACAGAAUGGGUUCUGAUUGGAAUGUGAUGAUUACUGGGUAUUGGAAAUUGGGAAACAAGGAGGAAGCUUGUAAGUUGUUUGAUAUGAUGCCAGAGAGUAAAAUUGAUGUGGUUUCUUGGACUGUUAUGAUUACUGGUUUUGCGAAGGUUAAGGAUUUGGAGAAUGCAAGGAAGUGUUUUGAUUUGAUGCCGGAGAAGAGCGUUGUUUCUUGGAAUGCUAUGCUUUCAGGUUAUGAACAGAAUGGGUUUACAGAGGAAACUCUGAGAUUGUUUAAUGAUAUGUUGAGACUUGGAGUUAGACCAAAUGAGACCACAUGGGUCACUGUUAUAUCUGCGUGUUCUUCCCGUGCUGAUCUUUCCCUCGCUCAUUCGCUAGUGAAGCUGAUUGAUGAGCGGAAAGUCCGUUUGAAUUGCUUUGUGAAGACGGCAUUGCUUGAUAUGUAUGCUAAGUGCAGAGAUAUUCUAACUGCUAGGAGAAUUUUCAACGAGUUAGGUACACAGAGGAAUCUUGUCUCUUGGAAUGCUAUGAUUUCUGGAUAUAUUAGAAUUGGGGAUUUGAGUUCAGCUAGGGAGCUUUUUGAUACAAUGCCUGAGCGGAAUGUUGUUUCUUGGAACUCGAUGAUAGCUGGUUUUGCUCAUAAUGGACAACCUGCACUAGCCAUUGAGAUUUUCAAAGCGAUGAUUGAUUCUGGAGAUGCCAAACCGGAUGCAGUAACAAUGAUUAGCGCUCUCUCAGCUUGUGGACAUAUGGAUGAUCUAGAAUUAGGUGAUUGGGUUGUGAAUUACAUUGCUAAGAACCAGAUCAAGCUUAGCGCUUCGGGAUACAAGUCUUUGAUCUUCAUGUACGCAAGGUGUGGAAACCCGAGGGGAGCAAAACGGGUGUUCGAUGAAAUGAAGGAAAGAGAUGUUGUCUCUUAUAAUACGUUAAUCUCAGCUUUUGCAGCUAUUGGAGACGGAUUUGAAACGCUGAAAUUAUUAUCAAAGAUGAAAGGAGAAGGCAUUGAGCCAGACCAUAUGACUUACACUAGUGUCUUGACAGCUUGCAACCGUGCAGGAUUACUCGAAGAAGCCCAGAAAGUAUUCGAGUCGAUAAGAAAUCCAUCAAUAGAUCAUUAUGCUUGUAUGGAUGAUUUAUUGGACUGA